AUCCCUAAUAUUAUGCUGGCAUAAUAGGCUCAUUCCUAACGCAAGUACACAAAAAGCAACCCGUUUUGAUGUAAACCAGCCUAUAGUGCACCUUCUUCUAUAAGUCCUGGCAACUCACUGCUCUUGCCUACAGUCGAAGUUAUUAUUAGAUCGUACUGAGGAGAGAGAGAAAUCAUGUUGAAGAGACUGGCAUUUAUUGCUGUAGUCCUUGUUACUUUGACUUGCAAUGAAGUUAAAUCCCAAAUUUCUCCUACCCACAUUUCUAUCGAGCCAAAUUUCACAACAGUCAGCAAUAAUGAAAACGUUCAAUUCAACUGCACAGCUGAUGGUGGCCCUAACAACAUGUUUAUAUGGACCAAAACCUCCGAUGCUAUCAAUAUUAACACAAAUGGUACUAUUUCAGUUGAGGACAUACAAAAUGAGUUUACUAACAUAUCUGUCUCUAACCAGUCCCUUUUGUCAUUCAUCGUGAACUCUCCUGCAAAUGAGGGAGGUGGUUAUACGUGUUUUGUGUUUAACGAAGCCGGAAUUGACAGUGCUAAUGCAGUGCUCCACGUUAACCCAUUCAUUGUUACACCUCCUCAGCCUCAGUAUGCUGAAGUUGGUGAGAGACCAACAUUUACUUGUGUGGGUGAGUCUUUCCCAUCUCCUACCUACCAGUGGCAGAGGAUUUCUUCUUCUAAUGUUAUUACUACACUUACGGGUGAAGUAUCUACUACUUAUAGAUUACCGUUUGUUGGCUAUACUAGUUUUGCUUCAUACCAGUGUAUAGUGACUGCUAAUGGAACUGACAAUACAAUCACUUCCAGUCCAGCAUUGAUCACAAUCUCUCCAAGAGGCAGUGUAGUAGUUCUACCCAGUACUCAAGCAGUCUCCAGAAAUGGGAAUGCUUCAUUCAUUUGCUUGGCUCAAGGUGGACCCAAUAAUAAUAUAGUCUGGAUUAGAGGAAAUUUUGAUUCAUCGUCUUUCAGUCUUGAUGCUCCAGUUAAUGUCUCAUACAUAAUUAACUCACUACCUAUAGUAGAUUAUGAUUCAAGUCUAUCAUUGACAUUUGUUAAUGGAAGUGAUGGUGGUACAUAUACUUGUCUGGUUCUUAAUGAAGCAGGAGUUGGUAGUUCUUCAGCUAUAUUGCAAGUGAGGCCAGAGAUAAUUACGGAUCCUGUGAGCACUUUUACUGAAAAUGGUCAAAGCAUUACGUUUUGGUGUUUAGCUGAUUCUUUUCCCAGUCCUCAAUAUUACUGGGAGAGAUCCAAUGGAUCUUCAAAUGAGUUUUACAUAAUACCAAAUGAAAACGAGCAAUAUUUGACAAUUGAUAGCGUAGUGUAUGAAGACAAUGGGAGGUACAGAUGCAAUGCUACAGCUGUAAUGGACACAGUGAGGUCUAAUGAGGCUGUAUUAACGAUAUCUCCUAGUGGUAGUGUUGAAAUUGAUCCAGGAUUCACCAUAGCAACAAAUGGUAGUACUAUUUCAUUCAAUUGUUCUGCUAGAGGUGGACCUAACAACUCUUUUUUCUGGACUCUCUCUAAUGCCACUGGAUUGAUAGCCAAUGAGGCUGAUCUAAUGAGUCGCAUAACAAUGAUACCAAUAGACGUUACUGGUUUUCUCAAUGCAGCUGGUCCUCUUAUUAUAGAAAAUGGCACUCAGCUUACUCUAGAGUACAUCAACGCUACAAGAAAUGGUGGUAACUACUCAUGUGUAGUCAUCAAUGAAGCUGGUACAAGUACAGUUGAGACCACACUGUAUGUGGCUCCUAUCAUAACGUUGCAUCCACAAGAUCGAUUAGUAACGCAAGGUGAUAAUUUUAUGCUAUCGUGUUUAGCAGAUGCUUUUCCAUCGCCAACAUACCAGUGGGAGAGGAUGAAUCAGACUAGUGGCAAUUUUGAAGAGAUAACAGGCAAGACUUCCUCCAAUUUGAGAUUCAAUAACGUUGAUUUUGAUGAGUUUGGUGUGUAUCGCUGUGUUGCAAGCUCUGAGGGUAUCACUGAGACAGCAGUAUCAAGAGGAGCACUUGUAACAGUGUCACCAUAUGGUAGUUUAAAUGCUACACCUGCUACUCAAAUAGUCUCCAGAAAUUCUUCCCCUACCUUUACUUGUGAAGUCAGUGGUGGUCCUAAUACAACUCUAGUAUGGAUACGAGGAAAUGGAACAAAUGUACAAUCCACUCAAACACCAAUUGGCAUAAACACUUUCAUUGGUUCACUGGAUGUAAUAGUCUCUGAGACUGCCCCUUCAUUAGAGUUAUCACUUCAAAAUGUUAAUGGAACUAAUGGUGGAGAUUAUGCCUGUAUAGCUGUCAAUGAGGCUGGAACUGAUAAUGGAAGUGUUAGUUUAUUAAUAAUACCACAGAUACUCACUAAUCCAGUGCCACAAUUUGUGAAUGUUGGACAAUAUUUGAUGUUAAAUUGUCGUGCUGAUUCCUUCCCAGCUCCUAACUAUCAGUGGGAGAUGAUGAAUAGAACCAGUGGGUACUUUGAGCCUUUGACUGGUCAAACUAGCUACCGACUGACUUUACAUAUAGAGUAUUACCUGUAUGGUAUGUACAGGUGUGUUGCUACUGCUGAUGGUAUAGAAGAGAAUGGUACAUCAACUCCAGCACUUGUUACUGUAUCACCCCUAGACAGUGUAGUAGUUGAUCCAAUGAAUCGUACAGUAUCCAUUGGUGAUACUGCUAACUUCACAUGUAGAGCUCAAGGUGGACCUGGGAACAUGUUCCGAUGGAUCAAAGGAAACUUUAAUGGUCCUACUUUGACUGCUCCUCUUAAUGUCACCCAAUUUUUAAAUAGUUUAAGCAUUUUUCGAUCAGGCUACGAACUCUCAUUUACUGUGGGUGGAGGAGCAGCAGAUGGUGGCUAUUAUACUUGUAUAGUAGUCAAUGAAGCUGGUUAUGAUACUGAUAAUGUUAGUUUGCUAGUGAGGCCGCAGAUACUCACCAAUCCAAUGCCACAAUAUGCAGAAGUUGGAAAUAAUGUUACAUUAACUUGUGAAGCUGAUUCCUUCCCAGCCCCUAACUAUCAGUGGGAGAUGAUGAAUAGAACCAGUGGGUACUUUGAGCAUUUGAAUGGUCAAACUAGUUACGUAUUAAUACUGGAGUCCAUCAGUUAUGAGAAGUAUGGCAUGUAUAGGUGUGUAGCUACUACUGAUAGUAUAGAAGAGAAGGCUACAUCAACUCCAGCACUUGUUACUGUAUCACCCCUGGACAGUGUAGUAGCUGAUCCAGAGUAUCGUACAGUAUCCAUUAAUGAUACUGCUAACUUCACAUGUAGAGCUCAAGGUGGACCUGGGAACAUGUUCCGAUGGAUCAAAGGAAACUUUACCGAUCCUAAUCUAUCUGCUCCUCUUGAUGUCAAACAGUUCUUGUAUAAUUUGAGCAAUAUCACAUCAGAUUACUUUCUCUCAUUUACUGUGGGUGGAGGAGCAGCAGAUGGUGGCUACUAUACUUGUAUAGUAGUCAAUGAAGCUGGUUAUGAUACUGAUAAUGUUAGUUUGCUUGUAAGGCCACAGAUACUCACAAAUCCAGUGGCACAAUAUGUGAACGUUGAUCAACAAUAUGUGUUUUUAAAUUGUUCUGCUGAUUCCUUCCCAGCUCCUAACUAUCAGUGGGAGAUGAUGAAUAGAACCAGUGGGUACUUUGAGCCAUUGACUGGUCAAACUAACUACCAACUGACUUUACAUAUAGAGUAUGACCUGUAUGGUAUGUACAGGUGUGUAGCUACUGCUGAUGGUAUAAAAGAGAAUGCUACUUCAACUCCAGCACUUGUUACUGUAUCACCACUUGGUAGUGUAAAUGCUACUCCAGAGUAUCGUACAGUAUCCAUUGGUGAUACUGCUACCUUCACAUGUAGAGCUCAAGGUGGACCUGGGAACAUGUUCCGUUGGAUCAAAGGAAUCUUUAAUGAUUCUUAUCAGCCUGUUCCUCUUGAUGUUGACAAGUUCUUGGAUGACUUAGAUAACAUCACAUUAGAUUACUUUCUCUCAUUUACUGUGAGUGGAGGAGCAGCAGAUGGUGGCUAUUAUACUUGUAUAGUAGUCAAUGAAGCUGGUUAUGAUACUGAUAAUGUUACACUGUAUGUGUCACCAGUAAUAACAUUAAACCCAGUGGAUCAAUAUGCCCAUCCAGGAGAUACUGUUAUUAUUAGUUGUAUGGCUGACUCCUACCCUCCUCCCACCUAUCAAUGGCAGGUAUUAAACACUGAUACUAAUAUGUAUCAAGAUAUUAAUGGAGAGACGAUGACCAGUUACACUAUUGAAAACAUUGAUUAUGAUCAGUUUGGUAUGUAUCGCUGUGCAGUAACUACACCAAUCAUUAAUCAAAGAAUAUACUCACAACCAGCACUGAUUACUGUAUCCUCCAAUAGCAGUGUCACUAUUGAUCCUGAUUUCAUCAUAACUGAAAAUGGUUCUGACGUUACAUUCAAUUGUUUAUCCAGAGGAGGACCCAAUAAUACAUUUAUAUGGCUGAGACCAUCAGCUCUUGACUCUCUAAUAUCUAACAAUCCAUCAGUUAGUUCACUACUUAAUUCUGACUCUCCGAUUGAAGUAGAUGACAUAAUUGAUCAGCUAUCAAACAUUACAUUAUCCAAUGAGCCUACUUUUACUCUAUACUCUAUCAAUGCUACUGAAGAUGGUGGUAAUUAUGCUUGCUAUGUGGUGAAUCCUGCUGGAGUGGAGAGCAACACUACGACACUUUAUGUUAUACCAGUCAUCACAGAGGACCCUAGGGAAGCCUUUACUAAUGUCAGUGACACUGUUACAUUAAAUUGUCGUGCUGAUUCCUUCCCAGCCCCUAACUAUCAGUGGGAGAUGAUGAAUAGAACCAGUGGGUACUUUGAGCCAUUGACUGGUCAAACUAGCUACCAACUGACUUUACAUAUAGAGUAUGACCUGUAUGGUAUGUACAGGUGUGUAGCUACUGCUGAUGGUAUAGAAGAGAAUGCUACAUCAACUCCAGCACUUGUUACUGUCUCACCUCUACACAGUACGAGGACUGAUCCUAAUGUCACUAAUUCAGUUGUUAAUACACCAGUAACAUUCAACUGCUUAUCUCUUGGUGGACCAAACAACAUGUACUAUUGGGUCUAUGACCGCACUAGUCAGAGAUUAUCAAAUGUUAGUGAACUGAAUGUUACCAGUCAUGCUAGUCGUGGUGGGUCCUAUACUUGCACUGUAAGUAAUGAGGCUGGUUAUGAUUAUGCCAUUUCUACACUUAAUGUUGCUCCUGAGAUACUCAUUCAUCCUUGUCCACAAAAUGUGACACUAGCAGUUGAGAACAUAACCCUCUACUGUCUGGUAUCUGGUUAUCCUUUCCCUCAAGUUGAGUGGUACCUCAAUGAUACUCUAAUCCUUCCCCAGUUUGAUACUCGUGUUACAAUAACAACAGUCAAUAGUCCAACCUUGAUACCAGGUUAUGAUUCUAUGGGAGAGUUUUCAGGUUCUGGUUUCUCUGACUUUAGCCUUGGAUCUGGUGGAGAUAGCUUGGACAUUCGGAAUCCUUUUGGGGUUAGUCUUGACGUAGGUGAUAUAAAAGACCCAUUUGGUACUGUCUCAAGCCGGCUGGUUAUAAAGGACACUACAAUAUCAGACUCUGGAUUGUAUCAUUGUGAAGCUAUCAUCGAUAAUUUAUUCGACGAUGAGCCCAGUCAACCUGCUUUGGUCCUAGUACAGACUGUACCUGAUGAGCCUCUCAAUGUCUCCUCAGUAUCUGUUGGCUCCAGAUAUGUCAAUCUCACUUGGAUCGUACCCCACCACAAC